AUGGUAAUAAAUAAUUAUUACUUUUACCUGCAGCAGGUGAACGGCCGAGACGUCUCGAACGCGUCGCACGAGGAGGCAGUCGCGGCGUUUCGCGCCGCAUCCGAGCCCAUCGUAGUCGAGGUGCUGCGCAGGGAGCGACGCAGCGGAACCGGAAGCAGCUCGUCGGACUUCGGUGGAAGCGGAAGUAGCUGCGCAGGAGGGCGUGCCGCUAAGCAGGCAGCCGUUCCUUCGCCUUCCGGUUUCUCCCAGAGCUACAUGGACGCCGCGGCUCAGACAGAGUUCCCCUGGUGGGCACCGCAGCCAUGGGAAGGCUCGCUCCUUCCAAACGGGCUGAGCAUACCACCUCCUCCACUUAGUCCCCCAAGUAGGAACGAAGACCAAGAUGAUGACGACGGAUACGACAUUGAAUAUGAGGAAGUGACGCUAAUCAGAAACGGAAACGAGAAGCUGGGGCUUACGCUCUGUUACGGUGACCCGGAUGAGCAAGAGACGGAAAUUUAUGUAGGCGAGAUCGAUCCAAGAAGCAUCGCUGCGAAAGACGGCAGACUACAAGAAGGCGACCAAAUACUCCAGGUUAAUGGAACGGACGUCCUAGGCCGGGAUCAGGCAAUAGUCUUGUUUUCGGAACAGAGGCCCGACUUUACGCUGCUCGUUGCAAGGACACACGUUUCCGAAGGGUCCUGUAGUGAGGACCACUCCAACUUUUCUCUGCCUCGCCGCCGAUACAGUUCUGUUCUGGAAGAAGAUGAAGAUGAAGAGGGCAAUGAGAAAGAUGCCGCUACUACACCAAACAAGACUGAUGCUCUACUGCAGACAAGCUUUCAAGAAGAGUUGUCGGAAACUGAAACUCAGGUGGGCACGCCGCUGCCGGACAACGACCUCGAAAUGAGUGUUCUGGCCAACGAGUUCCAGAGGGUCAUUCUGGACAAGAAGGCCGCCUCGGUUGAGCAGUGGCUACACCAGGGUUCUUCGGGGCUGCCCACGUCACCGCAGAAGUGGGACGCGGCCGACAGCGGUUCCAGCGCCUACCACACGGGCGGAUCUUCGUCCGCUUCCCCGCCCACCCUCGAGCUCGGUGGGAGGUCCGGUUCCCUGCUGUCCUUAGCAGGUGCCCCGAUGUCAACACCCGUAUAUACUUCACUGCCUCCCAUGACGAGGACAGGCGCCACCGCAGGGUCCGCGGGACACGGUACGGGACCCACCGAGGACAAGUCAACUCAGAUGCGAGACUCCGACAUGCAGAGCCUGACGAGCUGCGAGUCCUGUCGGUGUCACCUAGACUUCGCCACGUCGCCGCGACGACUGCCCAAGACAGUGAGCGAGCCAGCCUGCGUCCGCCGUGGCUCUUCAGUUCCCGACUAUGCCUCCCUCUACCCGACCAUGUACACAAACAAGCAGAACCUGCAACAUACCAUGUGGUUGCAGCAACAUCUGUUCCGUGAAGCCCUGGCGCGACGCAAUGGUCGCGUCCAUGCGACAAAGUCGUCGUCAUCUUCUGCUUUCCCCACCCCAACGUCGACAAAGAAAGACCAACUGGUCUCAGCCACCACUGGUGGUGGUGGUGAACAUGGCGGUGACGAAACGGACCUCAAGUCCCAGUGGAAGGUGAAGAGGAGGGCCGACGGGACGCGGUACAUUACCAGGAGGCCUGCCAGGACGAAGCUGCUGAAGGAACGCGAGCAGAAGAUCCUCGAAGAGCGGAGCGGUCUGACGACAGAUGACGACAACCACUCGGAGUUGAAGACUGGAAAAUACUGGACCAAGGAGGAGAGGAAGAGGCACCUCGAGAAGGCCCGUGACCGCAAGAAGAAGGAGAUGAUGUUGAAGCUCAAGAUGGCCAUCCUCAAGGAGGCGCAUGAAGGUUCUGGCACCAAGAGGUCCACCACAAGCGCAGGCAUCUCGAAAGAAGCGUGAGGUAUCGCCGUCAGCCGGAGUCCUGUGGUUGGCGUCAUCGGGGACAAGGCUUUCGGGCUUUUAGCCGUCACGACAGUGUAGGGAUUAACAACGUGAUGUUUGAUUGGGAGAAGGUGUUUGCUUGAAGGAAAACUUUCUUUUGGAGUUAUGGUGGAGAGUGUCACGAAACUCGCUUCUGAACGUGCAUUUACGUCUUGCAGCCGUCUGAAUGGUUCAUCGACACGUCGUCUUCAGUAUGUGAAAGGUGUUUGCUAAGAGGAACAUUUGGAGGACCGCCUGUACUGUGGUGUUGAGCUUGACGUGUUCCCGUUGUAGAAAUGUCUGUAAACAGAAAUUUCGACCUACUAGCCAUGUAAACAGGCUGUAGGCGAACCCUAUUCUGCUAGUAAUUAUAUUAGCUGUGCGCAGAGGCAGUGUCACUAGUAAUUAUUGUUUUAUAACUGAUUUCGCAACUUCUAGGCGUCACGGGAUACAGGUGGGAAAUUCUAUGUUUACUAGCUAGAAUUGUGACCAGGAGACAGAUUUCAACUUUUUAGCUGCUUGCUGCUUGUAAUUGUGCAAAGACUUGUCAUGUCCAGUAACAUGUGACCAGGUAAUAAUAAUGUAAUGGCCAGACAUAGUUUUGGGGUUGCUUUAUGCCACUGGUCUGCAUUUGAAUAUUGCUUUGGCAUGGCAUACAACAUCAAUGAGAGUUCAACAAUGACCGAUUUCACAAAACCUGUAUGGACGCUACUUUCCGGUGGAUUUUAUGCUUGUGAAAUCGCAUAACAUGCUGUGAUGUCCAAGCUUGCUAAUCAGUAGACAAAAUAUUGCAUUCAUGUAUCGAAAACAUUUUCCUUUAAUGUAUGCAUUGUGUGCUUGAUCUGAAGCAACAUCUGCUCUGAAAACUCCUAACUUUACUCUCAUGUCUUCUAUGAUAGAGUGAUGUCUUAUUGUAAAAGUAAUAAUUUGGACAAUUAUAUUAGGUUCCGAUGUUUAGAACAAGUGUUAGAUGAUUUAGGAUGAUUUAUAGUACAGUGUACAAAACUGCCUUUGGUUGCAUUCUACGGUGGCUCUAAAAAAAUCCAAGCAUCCGAUCCAACAAAAUAUGACACACACUUGUUUUAAAGUUGCUUCAACACUUUCACUACGGUAUCCCUGCUUAAUCUUGAUUUCGUUUAUUUAGACAUUUAGUGCAUGCACUCAUCUUGAAACAGAGAGUUGAAUUGAAGCGAAUUAUUUAAAAGUAGAUAUGGAUUACAUUAACCGGGACAUUACUUUAGUGUCGGCGUUUUUUCUUUAUUGUGAAUGUCAGAAAAUCAAUGAUGCACUCAUGAAGUGUGCCUAGCAAAAGAUCAAUAAUGAAGAGCUUAUACGAAGAGCCCACUUUUAGGACACGGUAUCUGUCCUGAGGAAGGGUUUCUGAGCCCUAAAUUGCUUUUGUUGUUAUGCAUGGAAGACACAAGUGACUCGACCCAUACUGGAACUGAUAACAGUGCUUCCACACAAGCUUCUGAAACAUACAAGCGUUAACCGAGGUUUCCAGCACCUUUUGGCAUAUCUGUAUUGAUGUAUGGCUAGAAUGUUUCUUUACAUGACAGAUUGAUGCACCAGAACAAAACCUGUGAAGUUGCUUGGGUCCCUGUCUCGACUGUAUUGCUUGUAUGUAUGCUUCGCGAUCGCUUCUUGUGGCUUCGUUUUUUUUUUCUUGAGGCAAGAACAACGAAAAAAACUAGCAAAAUCCACGUUCUUCCCAGCUGCGUGUAAAAUAAAGGAAAACGUCGUACGCCUCCUCCUGCGAAGCGUGCGAGCGCGGUUUGGUGUUGUACGCUUCCCGCAUGCACCCUAGUCCCAUAGCCUUAAAUGUGCCCUACGUUAUUUAUGAAUGAUAUUAUUGCUGUACAUUUUUCUGUUCACUUUUUGCACAGAUUCCAGAGUAUAUGUCAGUGUUGACCUCUUUCGACUAUGAAUGCCUUCCCUCUCAGCCGGUGUGCAUUCUUCAUUUCCGUCAUUUUUACGAGAACCGAAAUGCCCCAAAUAUUGAUAACUUCUAUUAGAUAUUAGCUAUAUACGAAUACCAAGCAUCAUGUUCAUCUGAAAAUUUGCUCAGAACAUACAAGGGUAUACCAUAGAGCAUGAGAAUGAUAUGAAGGUGAAAAUAGAAAUCACCCUGUGUGAUGUCUACAUUUGGGCAUUGCCCUUGCGCUUAUAGCAAAUUUGUAUACAAUAUUUCAAAGUAUGGCAGCUAUGUUGAUCGGUUUUAUUUGGGAGAACUUCAGUGAAAGAAAGAAGGAAAGAAGAACUAAGGCGAGUCCAUUCAUGAAAUACGAGAACGUUGUUACGUGACAUAUGAAAUUCAUACAAAAGCAAACAAAGCAGAGGACGAUGCAAGCUUCAAAGAGAUAAGAAAUCUUUGAAUAUAAGGUGUCUUGCUGGUCUUGAAAACAAGUGGUCUUCUAACUCAUUGAAACAUCAGUGCCAGUAUCACCCCUAUUAAAUUUUUUUUCAUCUCUUCAUAUAAAGACAGUAACUUGGCGGCUCUAUGUGCCAUUCAACGAAAACAUAUGAAGCAUGCAUAAUACCUUUUUUAUCGUGGAAUUAUUAAAAGUGAAGUCAUGAACCGGCUUUGAGGGCACACCCCACGCUAAAUGAAAAAUUGUGCAGUGGAGAAGUUAGGCUCCCUCACGCCCUGCAUGCUGUCUGCGCCUCUCUCCCGUCACUUCUGUAGUGUUUUCGUGUACAAAGCUAGAUGUAUAUAUGAGCGCAAUGUCUUGAAGAAUCCAUUUUUCCGUGCAUCGUAUUUAAAGAAUUUUCACGCAGGUUUGUACAAAGAGAUAUAAGUGUGGAGGAGAGUUAAUGACACGGACGUGCCACGUUAUCUUGCUCUCCGGGCAUGGUUGUCAACGACAAAUAAACAUGAGCGAACCAAGACAAUAAAUAACGCUAAUAAAGAAACUUUCUUCA